AUGAGAGUACCCAACUGCAAAAAUCAAGAGAGAUGCAGAGAGAGGCGCCCUUAUAUUGCUCUGUGUGUGGUAGCGGGGUGUCAUGGCGCGCCAGAAGAAGAAGAAGAAGAGGAUCCCUCCCUCUCCAACAAGACCACACGUUCAUACUUUUCUCGUACUCUUCUUCCCGCACCACCUUCUGCCCUCCUUUGCCGCAAAAAUUCACCCCCCUCCUCCUGGCCCGUUGCAAGCAACCCCUCUCGCUCCCCCCGUCACACCGCUAUGAACCGAGAUGAUUUGGCUCAAAAUGGAAAAGUGGGUGCUUGCCGUCUGUUGGCUACCGACCCUUUAACUUUGAGCUCAAUUAUCUCGGUCCCUGUCAAAGAUAUAAAAAUUGUGAACUUAUCAAAUGCUGAAAAUCAAACUAUUGGUAAAACAACAAUGUCGACACCAAUGGAAGUCCUUGAACGUCAGCUCCAGAAUUUUGUGAUCAACGAUGCUCAUCAGGAAAACCAGAAUCCAGAAGUCACAAUGAACGAACUUAAAGAACAAAACCGCCAACUCCAAGAGCAAGCGUUCAUUCUUCAGAACACCAUUGAAAAGCUGGUCGAGGAGAAAGCGGAAGUUGAAACCGCCAAGGAUCGAAUCGAGGACUAUUUGCACAUGGAAAUCCAGAACAGCGAGAUUUCAAGAACCACGAUUCAGAAUCUUCAGGCACAAAUUGUCUGGCUCCAUGCACAGUUACAGGAGAUGCAUUCGCAAAAGCUUUGGAAUUUCAGUAUUUCGGAAUCUGAGAAUUUCGGAACUUCAGAAGCUGAAAAUCUGAGAACUUCCGAAUUUCAGAAUCUCAGAAUUUCAGAACUUCAAAAUUUCAGAAUUUCAGGGCCUCAAAACCUCAGAAUAACGUACACAAUAGAGAACUGUAAAAUAAUCUUCACAAAUUUCACAAACUCAGGAUUUUAA